CGUGUGUUUGUUUACCCAGCUAUUGAGCGUUUGCGACGUAAAAAUGCGUUUCCCUGCCAGUUAAUAAUCGCGUUAGCGACACGCCAUACACCACUGGAAAGGGUUUUCAAAAUUCUGCACUAUUCCGCGACAAGGUUUAUAGGUUACGAACUGGAGAGAGCAAACUUUUAAACUGUUUUUUGGACGCGAAGUGGACAAACUCCACACCGGCCAUCUUUGCUAACUUGGCUAGCUCUCCUUGCUAGCGGGAAAAACUAUUUUGGAUUCCAUAAAAAAAGGUCACCAUCAGAUCUCCGAGCAAAGCCGCAAGUUCGUUCGUCCGUUAGUCCGACUGCGACAUGUAUUGACACCGCCGCUAAACAAUCAGACCCAGAGUUUCCCCUGGCUGUGUUCGGAUCUCCGGUUUAGCGUUCCACGUCGUCAUGUCGUCGUUUUCCGAGUCUGCCUUGGAGAAGAAGCUGUCCGAGCUGAGUAACUCGCAGCAGAGCGUCCAGACGCUGUCGCUGUGGAUCAUACACCACCGCAAACAUUCAGGCACCAUCGUCCGUGUGUGGCAUAAAGAGCUGAAAAAAGCCAAAAGCAGCCGGAAGCUGACCUUCCUUUACCUCGCCAACGACGUUAUUCAGAACAGUAAGAAGAAAGGACCCGAGUUCACGCGGGAUUUUGAAGGUGUCCUCGUUGAUGCCUGCUCACAUGUAGCGAGGUCGGUGUGUCCUGGGCAAAGGAAAGUCUGUUUCUCACACGUUGUUUCUCUUUAUCACCUGUACCUGUUUGUCUCUCUUACCCUAUUCAACCUCAUAUUCCUCCAUUUAAUAAUAUCUGUGUGUGUGUGUGUGUAUAGGGAAACAGAUGAGAGCUGCAGGAAGCACAUGGAGAGGCUGUUGAACAUCUGGCAGGAACGCAGUCUCUACCGCGCCGAUUUCAUCCAGCAGCUCAAACUGGCCAUCGAGGACUCCAACAGCCCCAGACACAAAGUUGCAGACGAGAAGAAGGGGCUGAAAAGAACGUUCCAGAAGGUUCAGGAAGAGGAAGAGGAAGAUGAUGACGACGAUUACAGGGCGCAGUAUUCUCCCCACGAGACAGACGCCACCGGCCCACAGCUGACGGAGGAGCUGGUUAAAGCCCUGCAGGACCUGGAGAAUGCUGCGUCCGGAGAUGCCACCGUGCGGCAGAAGAUCGCCUCGCUGCCUCAGGAGGUGCAGGACGUCUCUCUGCUCGAGAAGAUCACAGAUAAGGAGGCAGCAGAUAAGCUCUCUAAGACGGUGGAUGAGGCGUGUCUUCUGCUGGCUGAGUAUAACGGGAGACUGGCGGCCGAGCUGGAGGACCGCAGACAGCUGGCCCGCAUGCUGACCGAAUACAUCAACAGCCAGAAGGAGGCGCUGAGCGAGAGGGAGAAAAAACUCGAGGAGUACAAGCAGAAGCUGGCGCGAGUCACUCAGGUGCGCAAAGAGCUCAAGUCUCACAUCCAGAGCCUGCCCGACCUCUCGCUCCUGCCCAACGUCACCGGAGGACUGGCGCCGCUGCCCUCGGCCGGAGAUCUCUUCUCGACCGACUGAUCGGUUCUUCUCUCUUCGUCCCUCCAUCCUCAGUCUGGACUCUGAUUCCACCGUCACCAGCCGAUCAGCUGAGAUCAGGCCAGAUCCUCAGCUUCUGGCCUUUGUGUUCGGUUUUUAGAAGGAAAAAAAUAAUAAUUCCUGCUGAGUUUUCACCGACAGAGCGAACGUGAACAUGACUCUGCCGUCUUAUCGUUAUUAGAGGAGGUUUUUGUUUGUUUUUUUGUGCUUUUUUUAGUUUUACUGAUUUAGGGUGUGAUUAGGCUUUAUUUGCUUAUUAAUAACCCCAUGAGGUGUUUGUGAAAAAAGGCUUGCUCAGACACCCCUACCCCCCCAUCCCUCCAUACCCCCCAUUUUUCAUUUGCUCAGUUAUACAGACUAGGUAGCUGAUAUAAAGGAAAUAAACAGUGACAGUGACAGACAUUCAUCAUCAGCUGCCAUUGGAGCGGCGCCAACUAGGGCUGGGCAAUAUACUCUGAGUGUGGUGUUAUCACGAUCUUGAAUCUUCUUUGGAGAAAUAAAGCUCGCCCAUAUGAAACUUUUGUGUUAAACAAAUAGUACUAAUUCAUUUUAAAAAAUCGAAUGUAAACACGUUUCCAAAUAGACAUGUUUGGUCUCUGAUGUUUGCUCCGUUUGGAGCUAUAAUAAGAAAUGGAAAUCUAUCUCAAUCUAAAAAAUUUUUCCUCAAACCAUGUGACUUUCCGUAAUCUGUACACAUGAACGUUAUGAGGGUGGCCAUCUUGAAUUACGUAUAUUAUACUCCUUUUAUUUUUUUUCCCCACGAUGUACUGAUUUGGGUUUGUUUUGAAUAGAAAAGCUUUUGGGUGACACAGACGUCCAUUACUUGUUAGUACCGAUGACACUUUGUUAAAGAAAUAGCAAUAAUUUGGCCAAAAUGUUUCCUAUAAAUAUUUUCCUCAAACCACGUUCUCGAACACGGCGUGAGGUCCUAUAGUCCAUAAAAUCAGUUUCACCCAUGUAGCUGAAUGCUGGAACAUUGCGGUAACCUUACGACAGCGGCCAUUUUGGACAGACACCCCCUCCCCCAGAUCCAACUGCACUUGAAAUCCAGAAAGUGAUGUCGAUAUACUGAAUAUACUGUGCUGUUAUAUAACCCAUCGAUUUUGGUGCUAUUUUUUUGAGGAUUUUGGGUGACAUAGAAGUCCAUUACUUAUCAGCCAAGACAUUUUGAAUGUUCUGUUGCACUGGAGUAUUUCCAUUUCCUGUUAAGAUCUUCCUCAAACCAUGAUACAGUGAUACAACUACCUGUAAUCUACAAACAUGAGCAUAAACCUCACAGUGUAGCUUAACCCUGGAACAUUACGACAGCAGCCAUCUUGGAUCAACUAGAACUUUUUCUCUUUUUUUGCUUUUUUUUUUUGCUUUUUUUUUGCUUUCACCCCCCAAAGUUCGAUGGUGUAAGUUUACCUAAGACUAUUUUACCUAAUACGUUGAUUUGGCUAUGUAUUGAUUAAGACAAAUGGUUCAUAUGUACUAACAAGAAAUGGAAGUCUAUGGCAUAUUUUCUAAAGUAAAAGUAAUAGUAAUAAUUUGUAGUAAUUAUAGUAAUAAUUUGGCAAAAAAAAAAAUCUCUUUACUCCUUACUGAAAAUUUGAGUUCUUGGACACAGUGUGACUUCUUAUAAACAUUAACGAUAAACAGUAAUCAAUAAACAUGAACAAAACUUUA